CUGCAAACACAUCUGUCACAGGCAGACCGACUGAACCCUUCGUCUUUCCCCUCUUUGUGUCCUAAUUCUCCGGAUAACGAGGAAAAGUUUGAGCUCAUUUUGGGUCCUCUCUGCCUCUGAAACGGACUGACGUAUUGACUCGACGUGGGAGGGCAAACAGAAGAGCAAACAUUUGCUCCUGUUUUACCAACUGAGCCCUGUCCUGUGUGUGUGUGUGUGUGUGUGUGUGUGUGUGUGUCCUUUGUGCCCUCCUGUCCACCGUGCAUGUGUCCUCGUCUUUCUCAGGAGUCCCAGCUGCAGCCAGAGGACAGCUUCGCUCAGUCAUCUGUACGAGAGGACAGAGGAAGCAGGGUUUCCGUCUUCCAGGCCAUCAGGAUCGACAGCGGGCCUCCGCCUUCACCAGACAGUAAGCCUGCUUCGGGCAAAAGAAAAGAAACAAAAAUCACGAUGAGGAGCGAAGUGGGUCCGUUCGUGUUGAGUCUGCUGUGCUUCUGCAGCUCUGUGUUCGGGCAGGGAGCCGUGGAGCCUCAGCAGGGUGUCCUGAUCUUCUGUGACGACCCCUCUGUGCAGUCAGCCGUCACCAGCGCCUUGCACAAGUUCAACGAGAGGCUGAGCACCGGAUACAAGCUGGCCCUCUUUCAGAUCCUAAAAGCCAGCAAGGCAGAGAGCGGCUCAGACUCCGUCUAUUCGCUGGAGUUCACCAGCAGGAGGAGUGACUGUCCAGCAGGGGACAGCAAACCCUGGACAGACUGUGACUAUCUGCCAACUGGACACAGGGCACCGAUUUCAUGCAAUGCUACAGUCCACAUGACAGAGAAAGAGACCGACACCAAACAGGUGGAUUGUAUGAUUGACAGCUUCCUCGUCCCAGACAGAGCGCCAUGUUUGGGCUGCCCUGAGGUGAUUGAUGAGACCUCAGAGGACCUUAAGGUUCCUCUUUCGGCGUCCGUCUCCAAGUUCAACUCCGUGUCCAACUCCACUCACCUGUUCUCCCUGCACAGAAUCGGCCCUGCCACCAGACAGGUCGUGGCCGGGUUCAGGUACCAGCUGAUGUUCGAGAUGAAGAAAACCACGUGUGCAAAGGCCGAGCACAAAGAUCUCAACGAGCUGUGUGUCCCAGAUGAGGAGAAUCUGGAGUUUGCAAACUGUAACGCCACCGUGGAUUUGGCACCAUGGAGGCUGGAGCUCCCACAGGUCCAGACCCAGUGUGAAGAGGGUCCCCUGCCCCCCAUGACCAGGCGCCGUCCUCCCGGCUGGUCCCCACUCAGGAACAUGGACUCGCCUCCCCCCCCAGGUUCCCCUUCUGCCGCGCCGUCGCUCUCCCCCCAAACAACCCAAGCGCCGUCCAAGGCUCCAGCCAAAGAAGAGUCAUCUGAGGAGGACGCCACAGCUUCCAAACCAUCCGGCUCCCCCAGCGAGAACACCCACCCCUUCCACUGCCCCUCCAACCCCUGGAAGCGCUUCAGGCGGGUCCAUUCCAAGAAGCUGGCAGCGCCGACAGCCUCCGGCGCCGCAGGGGCCUCCUCCAAGCCAUCGGUGGAGGGAGCCCUCAGGGAUACAGACCUGCUGUCUUAGAUCUUCUAAACAAGCCACAUUUACUGCUUCAGUGAGAACAUGCAGCUCUCCAGAAGCCAGCUUCAGGGAGGCUUCCCAGGCGAAAUGGAGAGAAAAAGGCUGGAAGAUAAAUGUCAGCAUACAUGAUUUUAUGGUCUUGUUUCUGUAUUCUGUGCUUCAAAGUAAACCGUUUUCCUUGUGAUUUUAAAAAAGUGAUUCAGGCUGUCUUCCGAAGCUUUUCUUUUCACUUUAGCUGCUGUUUUUAAACUCGUUUUCUGUUUAGUCCUUUUUUCCUCCAAUCACUUUCAUAGGAAUAUUUCCCUUUAAAAGCCAUUUAACCCAAAAACAUGUGAAUCUUUCAUCCAUAAAUGAGGCAAGAUAAACCAA